UCCUUUCCGGGAGCCAUGGGAGGGCUCUGGCGGGCGGGCUGGCGGCACGCCGCUCUCCGCGGUGGGCCCUGGCGCCCCGCCGGGGCCCUGUGCCGGGCGGCCGGGAGCGCCGAGUGGAGCCGGGGGGGCGCGGCCGCCGGGACGGGGCUGCGGCGGCUCGCGGCGUGGGCGGGGGCGCGCGCGAGCGGGCGCGGGGCGCGCUGUCCGCCGCCGCCGCUGCUGCUGCUGCCGCCGGCGCGGGCGCCGGCGCUGGUGCCGCGGCGGCCCAAGAGCACGAACCCGUUCACGCGCGCGCAGGAGGAGGACUGGAAGCGGCGCAACCGGACGGUGCUCACGUACGUGGCCGCGGCCGCCGUGGGCAUGCUGGGGGCGUCCUACGCCGCGGUGCCCCUCUAUCGGCUCUAUUGCCAGACUACUGGACUUGGAGGAUCAGCAGUGGCAGGUCAUUCAUCAGACCAGAUUGAAAACAUGGUGCCUGUUAAGGACCGCAUUAUUAAAGUCACCUUUAAUGCCGAUGUGCAUGCAAGUCUCCAGUGGAACUUUAGACCUCAGCAGACAGAAAUAUAUGUUGUGCCAGGAGAGACUGCACUGGCGUUUUACAGAGCUAAGAAUCCAACGGACAAACCAGUGAUUGGAAUUUCUACUUACAAUGUUGUACCAUUUGAAGCUGGACAAUAUUUUAAUAAAAUACAGUGCUUCUGUUUUGAAGAACAAAGGCUUAAUCCACAAGAGGAAGUAGAUAUGCCAGUGUUUUUCUACAUUGAUCCUGAAUUUGCUGAAGAUCCAAAAAUGGUGAAUGUUGAUUUCAUCACUCUUUCUUACACGUUUUUUGAAGCAAAGGAGGGGCACAUGCCAGUUCCAGGAUAUAACUGAAGCUAGCAACAAAGACAUCUUCAGAUUUGUGAUUUUUGGAAAAUCAUGUAUCUUGUCUUCUCAGCAGAGAAAAACUCUAUAAUAAUAUAAACACUUAUAUUUAAAUAUUUUUUCCUUAUCUAAUACCUAGAACUGACAGCCUUUUUAUGGAAUCCACAUGCCUGUACAGAAUGUAUGACUGUUUAAAAAUCUUACUUAGUUCGAUAAAUAGGAUUAAAAGAAACUUUCCUAAAUAUAUAGGCAUGAACUUGAUGGUUCAGUUAAAUUGGCUGUUCCCUUCCAUAUUUUAAGUCCUUCAUGUUUAUAAACAAUAAAGUGAGCCUUUUUUCCUUCAA